ACAUAAUAAAAAAUGGAAUCAAUAAGAUCGGAUGGGUUUACUUCUCAUUUAAAUGUGAUAUUCAACGCAUCUAAAUUUCUAGUCCACAGUAUUCGGUCGUAAUCGAACAUUUUAUACUUUCAGAAUUUGCAAAACUCAAAGAUACCGAGAGCUGAAGAGGGAAGCGAGACGCAUCUGCAGACAAAAGAAGAAAGAGGCCGAAAUGCGUGAACACGAAGAGCUUGAGAAGCUGGCAGACAGAGGUAAUGCUCGAAAAUUUUACGAAAAAAUGAAGCGACUUAACGAAGGUUUCAAAACCGAAGCAUCUACAUGUAGAUACCAAGAUGGUAAUCUGGUAACCGAUGUCCAGGGCAUACUGGGAUUAUGGAGGGAACACUUCUCCGACCUGCUGAAUGGCAGUGAAAGUACAACACUAGGAGAUGGCGAACCCGAUUCCCCAAUCGAUGACGAUGGAAUAGAUAUUCCAUUACCCGACCAUGAAGAAAUUCGAAUAGCAAUUACCCGCCUGAAGAACAACAAAGCGGCAGGGACCGAUAGAUUACCGGAUGAGCUAUUCUGA